CCAUUCUUACAUUGUGCAUAAAUAGAGUGCCUAUAUUACAUCACUGUAAUAUGACACUAUAUUGCUAAUAUGUAUAUAUAUAUAUAUAUUUAUUUAAAUUAGUGUAUGUGUAAAUAAACUGUAGUAAAAUCGUUUUCCAUUUAUUGAAUAAUCUAACAGCAGUUGAACGAACGUUACAACUUCCGAUCAAACUAUCUUCAUUAUACAAGUAUAAUAAUUUUAUGUUUUUACUUAAAAGUAAAAAUAUUAACAAAAUUACGAGAAUGAUCGUGAACUCAAUAUGAAGACAUGAAAAUACUAUAUAUUACUUAAUUUUUAUUAAAUACUUAUAUAGUGUUAAUAAAACUAUACAUCAGAUCUUCACAUGAAAUUUGAAUCCUCAAUAUAUUAAAUCAAUUAAAAAUAUGACUAAUGUGAAUUUGAACAAUUUCAUUAAUGAAACGCAGCAUCAAUUUUUAAACUUAUUAAAUCAAGAAUUGAAAUUCGAUAAAAAGGUUGAUUCAUGGAUGUUUAUGAGUACACCAUGGCCAGUUUUAUCAAUUCUGAUAGCUUAUUUGUUAUUUGUACUAAAAUUAGGCCCAAAGAUGAUGGAAAAUCGUGAACCAUUUAAGAUAAAACGUAUUAUGAUGGUUUAUAACAUUUUACAAACCAUUUAUAACAUUUUCAUUGUAUCAGAGGUAUUCAUUACACCCGGCAUAUGUACAUAUUUAAUGAUAAAUAUAUGCAAUCCAGAUGAAAGUGAAAGUAAUCGUCAUAUUAUAAAUACGUUCUAUGUACAGUCGUGGCAUUUUGUUUUAUCAAAAAUAUUUGAUCUUCUAGAUACUGUAUUCUUUGUAUUGAGGAAAAAACAAUCUCAUGUUUCAUUCUUACACGUUUAUCAUCAUGUGAAUAUGGUCGUAACUACUUGGACUUUUUUGAGAUUUAUUAAAGGUCAACAAGGAGCUCUUUGUGGUCUUCUUAAUGCACUCAUACAUUCAAUAAUGUACAGCUAUUAUUUCCUAUCUGCUCUUGGUCCUCGCAUGCAAAAAUAUUUGUGGUGGAAGAAAUACUUAACCCGUUUACAAAUUAUUCAAUUCAUAUUAGGCCUUAUCUACGGUAUAAGCCUCUUUAUUUACGAUUGUAAAUUUCCGAGACUAUUCACCAUUUACAUGAUAUUCGAUGUACUUUUGUUUUUGUAUUUGUUUUUGAUAUUUUACAAAAAAACAUACAAAGAGAAAAAUACCUAAGUCUCAAUGAACUCGAAAGAGGAUGUAAAAUACGUGUAUUAAGUUGUUUCUAAUAUACAUUGUCUAUAAAUAUA